AUGGAUCACGAGCACCUGCUGUUCGGGAGCACGGAGGGGGAUAACAACGAACAGGAUGCCGUGGAGCAGCUCGCCGCCUCUUUGAAAAUGGAAUUCUCGGCGGGGCCUGCCGCCCCUCCUCCUCCAGCGGCUGCCGCGCCCCAUCACGCCCCCGCGGCUCAUCACCCCCACCCACCAGCAGCUCCAUCUGCCGUGCCGUCCUAUCAGCCUCAUCAUUCGCAACAGCAAGGCGUGCCGCAGCAGCAGCCGGGCGCGCCACGUCCAGCUACCGCCGCUCACUCCAUUGGGGCCGGCCUGCCCACAUCUAUGGGGGCGCCUGUCGGCAGCGGCAUGCAAGGGGCGCCCUCUACGCCCACACACGCGCCAUCGACGCCACAGCACGGCAUGCUCCAGCAGCAGCAGCAGCAGCCGGGACCACCCACUGGCGCGCCGACUGGACCCGGCGGGGUGGGACCUCAGGGGGGCACGCCGGGCAAGCAAGUCCCGUCUCCCCAGGCCAUCCUACAGCACCACGUCACCCGCUACCGCAAAGGAGAGGUGACCGCCGAGCAACUACGCGCAUCGUUGGCCCAGGCCUUCAGCCCUAAGAUCGCUGACGACGUGGUCGCGCGCUGCGUCACGCAGAAGCGUCCCGGGGCGCCGGGACCAGCCCCGGGUGGCGUGGCUCCCGGACAGCCCAAGCCGCCCGGUGUCCCCGGCCAGCCGACCCCCGGCACACCCGGCCAGGCAAUGGGUCGUCCCAUGCCCGCGGGCAUGACCGGCAUGCCUCAGGGAACGCCGGGCCAGCAAAUCGCGAGACCCGGACAGCCCCAGGGCACACCCAUGGGUGGGCCCGCUGGAGGACAGGCCGGCGCUGGCGGCGUGCCCCAACAGCAGAGCGCCGAAGGGGUGUCCGUGACGCAACUGCGCCAGGGAAAUCUCUACAAUCCCCAGCUCCAGGCUAUCAAAAUUACGUCCGGCGAGGACGCGCAGAAGUACGCGGCCUACUACGCGGCCAAGAACGCAGGCACAACGUCAGUCACCAUCAAUCCGGGUGGAGUCACCCCCGGUCAACCUCCUGCCAAAAAGCCGCGCAUCGAUACACCAGGCGCGCCGCCUGGCGGAGUUCUUUCCCCGCAGGCUGGCAUGCCCUCCAUGGGCAUGCCCGGAGGCACACCUGGUGGGGCACUCGCACAGAAGAAGGCCGCUCCGCCCAAGAAGGCAGAGCCCCUGGACGACAAGUUCAAUGUCAAGGACAUCACCGAUGUCACGCGAAUGGCCGGCUUCAACCUGAAGGCACGCACCAUUCAUAGCCUCGUUCACCAGAGCGCUCUGCGCGUCGCGGCUAACGUUCCCCCUCCCCAUGCUAUGCAGGAGGAGACCGCGUCGCUUUUGCCCACCUACAGUACUGCGGGAGGCGAGGAGCGGGCGCACGCGCCCGACGAGGUGCAGAGCCCGUUCAUCAAUAAAGGAGCCCUUCAUAAGAAGGUGACCGAGAUCGCCGCCAAGCACGGUAUCAAGAAGGUGUCGGAGGAGCUGUAUGAAUUCCUGGCUCUGGCGGCUCAGAAUCGCCUCAGGGACGUCGUCGACGAGCUCGGCAAUAUCUCCAAGCAGCGCCUCGACUUUUACAAGGAUGAGAUGAAGAUCGAGAUCACGUCGGACCCGCGAAAGCAGCUCAAGCUGAUCGAGAAGAGGGAGAAGGAGGAGAAGGAGCGAAGGGACGCCGAGGAAAAGGAGCGGGCGCUCAAGGAUAAGAAGAUGGACCCCGAAAAGAAGAAGUCGGACCAGGCCCGUCUCGAAGAAGAGGAAAAGAUUCGAACGCGCACGGCCAACUUGACAGCCCUUCAGGCGAUCGGCGACGUGAGGCCGCGAAGGGCCAUGCAGGGCGGCACCCCAACGGCGCCGGGCGGAGCGGCGGGAGGCGCCGGGCGCGGCGGUGCCCCGGGGCUGGGCCUGCCGCCAGACCUGCGCGCGCCGCUGUUCAACAAGCAGAUGCUGGACCAGCUCACGGCCCUCCAGAAGCUCAAGGCCGCCUCACAGCUGACGCCCCAGCAGGCCCAGCAGCUCGAGCAGCUCCUCAACCAGCUGCGGCGGAUGCAGCAGUUCAAGCAGCUCGCCGACCAGCUCGCUGGCCGAAAGGUGCCCAUGAUGUUGGACCCCAAAACCGGCCGGCUGACGGUGGCGACGGGCGCGCUGCAGCCGCGGUCGCGGUUCGAUACGCGGGUGAUAACGAUGAAGGACCUGGAGUUCUACCUCCUCCACAAGGACCCGCACACCAAGUACUCCAAGCUCGUGUGGCGCCUGGAGAAGAGGAAGCGGUCGGCCUCCCUCCUCGCCGCCCAGCAACCAAACCAAUAA